UGGUCAGCGGUUUCAAGCAUAAAAUUAAAGGCGGUCUUAAUUAUAAUACUAAUUAGUACGUUGCUAUAUUUCAGAUGAAGAGAUGUCUUUCGUUCGAAUCCGUCUUACUUUCCAACACUCUCUGCCCCAUACUGAGGUCAAGAACUGCUGGUUUCUUUUUGAUACUUCCUCUUGUAGCACGAUCGCUGACUUAGAGUAUUUGAUUAGGAAAAGAUUCAAGGGACCUUCGAAGAGUUGUCACGUGGUGAAUCUGUUCCUCGACGAUUUCCUUCUUCCUUCGCAAGAGAAGAUAGAGAUCAUUCAAAAUAAUGAUCACAUAAGAGUGGAGAUCCAACAAACAACAGGAAAACAGACAGAUGAAGAUGGAAGAGAUGAACAAACAGCAGAAAACAAAGUGGAAAGGAAGAGAAAAAAGAGUAGUUUACCAGAUGCAAGGGAUAAACUGAAAAAGAAGCAAGUUGAGGAGAACAAACAGGGUUUUAGUACUAAAAAGAUCAAAGGGAAUCACUUACCGAAGAAAAGAGUACGAGAUGACAGUGAGACACCAAAGGAUAGUAAAAGGGCCAAGAGAGAACAGAAACUUGUAAGAAAAGAGGCAAAAAAAGAAGCAAACAGAAGACACAAAUCAAAAUUAUCUUCAGUUGUAGAAAGUGAUGUUGGUGCUUUGCUAUUACAAGAGAGAAGUUCUACAAAAGUUUUUUCACCAUCCUUGACAAGUACCGGUACAACAAGCUCACAAAUGAAAAAAUUGAAUAAACCUUCAAAAGGAAAAUCUGCAAUUCAGCAGAAGCAAAUGAACGAAAUCAAGCUAUCUUUGCAAGGUGAUAUUCAUAAAAGAAAAGAACCUUCAGUGCCUUUGAAAACAAGUUCAAAGAAAGGCAAGACAAGUGGAAAAGUAAUACUUGGUGGUGGUAGAAAUGUCAGCGACAGCACUUCCUCUGAGAGUUCAAGCUCAAUAGAUGAAUCAGGAACCUCAAAUUCACCAUCCAAGGUGAAGAAAAAUGGAAAAGUAACACUUGUGGGUGGUAGAAAUGCCAUUAAUAGUGACAGUACUUCCUUUGAGAGCUCCAGCUCAUCAGAUGAAUCAGGACCCUCAAAUUUACCAUCUCUUACAGAUGUCGCCCAAAGAAGGGUUGAUACUGAUGAGUUGAAAAAAGACGCUCACAGCAUAAUAAUGGAAACAAGUGAAUCACAAGGAAAGAAUAAAAGUGAUACUAUUCCUCAAUCAUCUUUGACUUUAUGUGAUAUAACUGAGGGAACAAGAAAUGGCAGAUCUUUUUCAUUGUCAUCCAAAGCCUCUAGCAGUUUGGAAAAGUCUGGGGACUCUUCCAUUUUUUCUCACAAAAGUGGGAAGCUGAACUCAAGAAUUGAGAGCAACAGCAAGAAAACUUUGUCAUCCUUAGAAAACCCAGCAUCGUCAUCCAGAAUGUCAUUCCAGUCACCUAGCUCUGCAUAUAGUCAGACACAAACAGGAGGUGCAAAUAAUAGGUCUGUUGAGCAAUCUGCCAGUGGCUAUAAUGCCAAGCAAAUGAACAAAUCUGGACAAGUGUGGCCUCUCAUAAGUAUAAAUGGAAGACCUAACAACAAGCCAGAAUCCAGUCAACAAACCAGCCACAUAAGAUUUGAUUCAGAGGAGUCUGAAGAAGAAAGUAUAGACAAACAGCAGGAAGACACUGGUUUGACAAAUGGAAGCUCAGAACACCCACUAACCAAUGCAGGUUCAACUUCAUAUUUUCCACCAUGCACACAAAGUAUGCUACCAAAGACCCCCAAGACAGCUGUCAGUGAAAGUAAGCGGUCAACAACGCAAGAUUACAGUCUUUGUACACGACUUCAUGGCCCUCCCAGAAUUGGGGAUAAAAUAGCUUAUAAGGUACUUGAACUUUCCGCCUCCUAUACUCCUGAAAUUUCAGACUACAAGGAAGGAACUGUUCUUGCUUUUGAUCCAAGCAGUGGAACUGUUAAGAUAGAACUCACGAAGGAGUCGCUAAAGAAGUCUUUAGGCGACGGAAACGUGACUGGAAAAUUUGAAUUGGAUUACGAUGAAAGUGAAGAAAACGCAAACGACGAAGAGGAAGAAACUGAGACUGUUGUGCCGUGGAAUUCCAUGAUUGAUCCCGUUUUUGUCUAGUAACUGAGAUUGGUACACCAUUGGUACACCCAUUCCUUUCUCUUCGACCGAUAUCGCCGUGUAAAUGAUAGACAACUUGGCAGGACAGCAUUACACCAGGAAGGACGUGGAGCAAACGAGGAAACUGGAACGGAGUAAUCCCGAAUUUCUUUCGAUACUCAAUUUAAAACUACUCAGUGGAGCGUAUUAUGUAGAGUGAUUUUAGGCGCUCGAUGAAAAAUUUUCUGUUGGUCUCGACUGUCAAGAAAACGAAAAGGAUUCAAGCUGCGGUGUAGGGAAGUUUGUAAGAAACUAAGUUGCGUUUGAUUCUCUCGCAUUAAUGAAGCGAGCAAAUCACGAAAGAAGUCAAUAAAACUGUUGUAAUAUUAAA